UUUGCUCAAUGUAUCAUACAAUUGAGAAAUGGGUUUGUUUGUUAUAUAGUAAGCUUAAUGGUGAUGCUGUUAGAGAAGCCAUUACAAAUAUCGUUCUCGCAUCUAAGGAGAGGAAACUCAAGAUGAGACAACUUGAGAGUGAGGCUCUUAGAGAAGCCAUUACAACUAUUGAGGGAAAAUCUGAGGAGAAGAAACGUAACGUUGGGAAGACAGUGGAGCUUAAGAGUGAGGCUCUAAGAGAAGCCAUUGCAACUAUCAAGGACAAAUCUAAAGAGAAGAAGCCAUUAUAAUUUGUGUCUAUUUGUUGGAAUGAUUCCUAAAUGUUGUUUGUUGGGUUUAUAUGGGAGCUAGAACUGAUGGAUCUUUUCAUCUCUUCAA